AUGGAUCUCCUGUGGGUGCUCUCCGUGUCGAUGCUCGCCGCCUGCGUGGCCAUCCCCAUGGACGCUGCAGCAGGCAGCCACAGUCUGUUCACCUGCGAGCCCAUCACCCUGCGCAUGUGUCAGGGGCUGCCAUAUAACUCCACCUUCAUGCCCAACAUCAUGAACCACUACGACCAGCAGACGGCUGCUCUCGCCAUGGAGCCGUUCCAUCCCAUGGUGAACCUGCAGUGCUCUCCAGACCUCAGGAUGUUCCUGUGUGCCAUCUAUGCUCCGGUGUGCACCGAGUACGGCCGGAUGACUCUGCCCUGUCGCCGCCUCUGCCUGCAGGCCAGGAGCGACUGCUACAAACUGAUGGACAUGUUUGGUGUCAGCUGGCCAGAGGAGAUGGACUGCAACAGGUUCCCAGACUGCGAUGAGCCCUACCCUCGACCUGCGGACCUCCUGUCCACUUCAGACUCAACCGAGUCCCCCGUCUCCGUCCAGCGGGACUACGGCUUCUGGUGUCCCCGGGAACUCAAAAUCGAGCCAGAACUCGGCUACUCCUUCCUGGGGGUUCGAGACUGCUCCGCCCCGUGUCCCAACAUGUACUUUACUCGCGAGGAACUGACGUUUGCCCGCUAUUUUAUCGGAGUGGUGUCCAUCGUCUGCCUGUCAGCGACACUCUUCACCUUCCUGACUUUCCUCAUCGACGUGUCACGGUUCCGCUACCCGGAGCGGCCCAUUAUCUUCUAUGCCGUCUGCUACAUGAUGGUGUCCUUGGUGUUCUUCCUCGGCUUCCUGCUGGAGGACAGAGUUUCCUGUAAUGCAGCGAGUCCUGGGAAAUUUAGGGCAUCCACAGUGACUCAAGGCUCCCAUAAUAAGGCCUGCACGCUUCUCUUCAUGGUGCUGUACUUCUUCACCAUGGCUGGCAGUGUGUGGUGGGUCAUACUGACCAUCACCUGGUUCCUAGCAGCUGUUCCUAAGUGGGGCAGUGAGGCCAUAGAGAAGAAGGCGCUCCUCUUCCACGCCUGCGCCUGGGGCGUCCCGGGUGUCCUCACCGUCACUCUGCUCGCCAUGAACAAGAUAGAGGGAGACAGCGUGAGCGGCGUGUGCUUUGUGGGGCUUUACAACCUGACGGCACUGCGUUGGUUCCUGCUGGCCCCACUGGGACUGGACGUCGUGGUGGGAGUUGUGCUCCUGCUGGCGGGCAUCGCUGCUCUUAACCGGGUCCGCAUGGAGAUCCCGCUGGAGAAGGAGAACCAGGAGAAGCUGGUGAAAUUCAUGAUUCGCAUCGGCGUGUUCUCCGUUCUCUACCUGGUUCCCCUGUUGACCGUCGUGGCCUGCUACCUUUAUGAGAGCAGCUACCGGACCAUCUGGGAGACCACCUGGGUGCAGGAGAAGUGCAGAGACUACCACAUCCCCUGCCCAUAUAAGGUGGAGAGCACCAGCCGGCCCGACCUGACGCUCUUCCUCAUCAAAUACCUGAUGAUGCUGAUUGUGGGAAUCCCCUCUGUCUUCUGGGUGGGCAGUAAGAAGACCUGCUUCGAGUGGGCCAGCUUCUUCCACGGCAAGAGACGCAAAGAAGCAUUAACUCCCUGUCCCACUGCCUGCUCCACCCACUCCUCCAUCCUUUCCUACCACACCCACCGCCCCACCACCUUCCCCCUGUCCCUCCCCACCCUUCUGCGUCUCUCCCUGCCUACCUCCGCCUCCUCCCUGCCCCGUCGCAGUGGGAUGGUCAACGACAGCCGCCAGGUUCUCCAGGAGCCCGACUUCGCCCAGCUGCUAUACCGGGACCCCAACACGCCCAUCGUGAGGAAGUCGAGGGGCACGUCCACCCAGGGAACCUCCACCCACGCCUCCUCCACCCAUCUGGCCAUGCUGGACGAGCCGCCCAGCGCCAGCACCAGCCGGGCCGGAUCAGUGCACAGCGCUCGCUCCAAGAUGAGCAGUUACCAUGGCAGCCUGCACCGCUCCAGAGACGGCAGGUACACAGGGUCCAGCAUGCCCCGCCUCAGCGACCAGUCCAGACACUGCAGCACCAACCGACUGGACGGCCUGUCCAGACACGACUCCGCCUUGCGCCUGGACAGCCAAUCGCGGCACAGCAGCACCAGAGACCUGAGUGCGCAGGCCGUCCUCGGCGUCCCCGGAAACGGGAUUCACCGGAUCCUGGACGAGGAUGGAGCUGCAGCCUGAAGGGACCAAUGAAGGAGGGAGACCCACCCCAGGUCGGAGUGGGACCCAGAACCAGACUGUUCAUCCAGUCAGAGGAAGGAAAGUACUUUUGGAACUUUGCCUUAAUGUCUCUCAGCUUUAUCUGCCAGCCCAGCUGAUCCAAAAAAAAAGACUCUCCAAGCUGACUGUCGUUGGGUUUUUCAAACAGAGACGAAACUUUACUGUUGGACCUAAACUCCUGAGCCUGACAAAAACAAAAUGUGAAUUUUAUUUUAUUUUUUACUUCUUUAAUUUGUGACUUUGAAAUGGUUUUAAUGGAUGAGACAGGAGCUUUGUCCUCACGCCCGGGCAUCUUGGCAAUCAAAAUAUUUAAAACCUGAUUUUCCCCUUUAGCUCAGGCAUCUGCUGCAGUUUUGGGUGUCACAUGUUGAAGCUUCAUGUGCUUCAGCCUGUUUUACACCGUUCCCAAACAGUAGCUGUGUUUCCAUUGGCCAUGUAAUUGUACAAAUUGACAUUUUAAAGAUAAAUUUGCUUACGAAAACAUGCUGAUUUCAAAAAACUCUUUUUCGCUAAAAAGUCCAAGCACUCUGUGGUGUUUUUUUUGCACCUAAGCACAGAGCUUAGGUGCAAUUUGGAGGUGUGUGUGCAUCCCCUUUCCUUGCUCCAAGCACAAUUCCAACUGCUUGCCAACCUCAGAAAGUAGCUUAGAAAAAAUAUGAUUUCUUUUGGUAUCUUAGCAACCAGCACUAUUGAGCCCCGGUGCAAUUUGGAGGCGUGUCCUCCAGGCAUGGCUCCUGUCCAGUGAAAUCCUAAGUAGUCUGUUUAAAUGUGUCCUUACUUGUAGCUACUGUAAAUGUUACUGACAUUUUGUUUAUAGAUGUAAAAACUUUUCAUUUGUAAUAAAAGCUUUUUAAAGAAU